AUGCUGCACGAGGCCGUCAACGAAGAGCUGCCAAUGGAAAUGGCGCCGGCGCAGCUGUCCACACCGUCACCGCCGUGGCGACACAACCACCAAUCAGACCCGCUGCACGACUAUCGCACGGAGCACUUGAAGUUGCAGGAGCGGCUGGCAGAGAUGUGGGGACCGGAGGCGCCGUACACGCCUGUGCCGGAGGAGACAUCGUCGUGGUUCCAGCGGUACUACUACGGGUGGGUGUACGAGACAGUGCUGCUGGCGUCGAAGGAGCAACUGGUGCGCGAGGUGCUGCCGCCACCAACGCAGGAUGCGCGUGCGCACGAGUGCGGGCUGCGGCUGUCGCGUGCUGUGCAGGCCGCCAUGUACGACCGGAACGCGUGGAACUGCAUGGUUGGGGCGGAGGUCGCGAGCACGCUGGACCCCGCGAGCCGCGGCAUUCUGCGCUGGGUUGGCCUGCCGCAGCAGGGUGGCUACACGCGGAUGAUGGCUGGCGUGGAGUGGAGCGUGCCGCCGACUGCGCGCACCGCUGAGAGGUCCAACGACAGCGGUGCGUCGCCGUUCUUCAACGGCAUUGCGCACGGCGAGCACCUGUUCACGCCUGGGCACAGUGACAUGUCGACGCUGGAGGAUUCUACGAUGGUGACGUUGAACCUGACAAAUUGUGGCGGCGUGGUGCGGAUCCCGACCCCUAAGUGCGUACCGCUAAGAUGCCUUCUGGCUUUAAAGUUACCCUACUACCUGUGGAUGCAAGUGCCAUUUCUGCUCGUGAGCAGCAUGUGCACUAUCAUGAUACCUACCGUGCUCAAGUUGUUCGUGACCUUCUUAGACGAUGACCCAAGUACCCAGACAUGGGGUCGCGGCCUUGGCCUAGUAGUAAGCAUGUUCAUCGUGCAGGCGACGCAGAGUGUCUCUCAUCAGCGUUCCAUCUACGUAGCCUUCCGCUGCGCGUUGCAGUACCGCGCCGCGGUGAACUCGCUCAUCUUUGAGAAGUGCAUGAUCAUCUCCAGCAAGUCACUCUCGCAGCCGGAGAUGAACCCCGGGCGCAUUAUUAACAUGAUGAGCACCGAUGUGGAGGGGAUUUAUUUUUUUAUGCUUUUUUGCAUGUCUUUGUGGAGCAGCCCGAUGAUGCUGCUCCUCGUCAUUGCGCAGCUCUCGCGGUUGGUUGGCUGGUGUGCCAUCAUCGCAGUCUUCUCUUUCCUCGCCACCAUUCCCCUUAAUACCUUUUUCAUGGGCAUUCAGAUGCGCGCACGCCAGGAAAUCACGAAGGCUUCCGACGCGCGUGUCAAGGCAACAAACGAAUUCUUCUCGGGCAUACGGAUCGCGAAGUUCAUGGCGUGGGAGCCGUGCUUCGUCGCGAACAUCGAGGCGAAGCGUGCGGUAGAACUGAUGUUUCUCAAGAAGCUUCAGAAUGCACGUGUGGCGACAGCGUUUGUGAACAACGCUGCCCCGAUCUGUAUGAUUGCCCUCGUCUUCACAGUGUACUACCUGCUUGGACACGAGAUGAAACCCGCGGUUGUGUUUCCGGCCAUUGCGCUUCUCGGCGUCCUCCGCCAACUGUUCAAGGAGAUUCCAUGGGUGUUCUCAAUGGUUAUUCAAUUUAUAAUUUCUAUUGGUCGCAUUGGAAAGUUUCUGGAGUGCGACAACGCCGUCUGCUCCACUGUGCAGGACAUGGAAGAGUACAUCCGAGAGCAGCGCGGACACAGCACUGCGUGCCAGCUUGCCGCUGUACUGGAGAACGCAGACGUGACUGCGUUUGUGCCCGUGAAACUGCCGUUGGCGCCGAAGGUGAAGAUGUCGCUCUUUUCUCGGGCCCUGCGAAUGCUGUGCUGCGAGCAGUGCAGGCCUACCAAGAAGCGCCCGUCUCCAUCGGCUGUUGUCGAGGACAUGAGCUACUCCUCUCCGUCGAGUACGCUUCGUCACAUCAUAGAGGACGGCACCAGCGCCAUGGGCGGGGCAAAGUCGGCGUCUACCCGAAGCGCAAAGACGCCUCCGAUGGGGACAAAUGACUUCUUUGAGCUGGAGCCGAAGGUGCUGCUGCGCGACGUGUCUGUGAGUAUCCCGCACGGGAAGCUGACGGUUGUGCUUGGCGCGACGGGGAGCGGGAAGUCGACGCUGCUGCAGACGCUGCUGUCGCAGUUCGAGAUCAGCAAGGGCCGCGUGUGGGCGGAGCGGAGCAUCGCGUAUGUGCCGCAGCAGGCGUGGAUCAUGAACGCGACGGUGCGCGGCAACAUCCUGUUCUUCGAUGAGGAAGACACCGCGCGGCUUGCAGAUGCCGUGCGCGUGAGUCAGCUGGAGGCGGACGUUGCGCUGCUUGGCGGGGGGCUGGAGACGGAGAUCGGCGAGAAGGGCGUGAACCUGAGCGGCGGGCAGAAGGCGCGUGUAAGCCUUGCGCGCGCGGUAUACGCCAACCGCGACGUGUACCUGCUGGACGACCCACUGUCUGCGCUGGACGCGCACGUCGGCGAGCGCGUUAUGGAGGAGUGCUUCCUUGGCGCGCUUGCGGGGAAGACGCGCGUGCUCGCCACGCACCAGGUGCACGUCGUGGCGAGGGCGGACUGCGUUGUGGCGCUUGCUGGCGGGCGUGUGGAGUUCAGCGGAAGCAGCGAGGACUUCAUGCAGACCUCCAUCUACGCUGACAUGACUACUGGUGGAAUGGACAACAAGGAGGGUAAGAAUGCGAUCAAGCCCGAGUCUGUGCUCGAAAUGGAGGAGGAAGAGGAGGGAGGCACGAUGCUCGGCAAAAGAGUCAGCAAGCCGAAGGAAAAAGCGGAGGGGGGUGGUGCGGUAUCGGGAGACACCACUGCCAGCCCUUUUAUCAUCGCGGAGGAGAAGGCAUCUGGUGGUGUUCCGUGGUCUACCUACAUGGCCUACUUCCGCUGCUGCGGCGGCGUGCAUGUCGGAGCCAUCGUCAUUGCUGUCUUCGCUGUCACGGAGUUGAUCACCGUUUCUAGCAAUGUGUGGCUGUCGAGGUGGGCCACGAAGGAGGCGGGCAGCAGCGACUCUCGCUAUCUCACUGUGUACCUCCUCAUUGUGCUCGCGAGCGCUGCGGGGUAUCCAUUCCGCUUUUCCCUUUCGUACAGUGCGAUGCGCCGCGGCUGCAGCUCGAUGCAUCGCGCCAUUCUACGCUCCGUCACGGGAGGCACGAUGGAGUUUUUUGAUCGCACACCACUGGGGCGGUUGCUGAACCGUUUCUCCCGUGACAUUGACACCCUUGACAAUGGACUGCAGAUGUCCACCAUCUCCCUGCUGGAUUGUCUCUGCUCCAUCUCCGCGUCGAUUCUGGUCACCGCCUACUCGCAGCCGCUGGUGCUGCUCGCGCUUGUGCCGUGCGGGUACCUCUACUACCGCAUCAUGGGGUUCUACAACUCUGCCAACCGUGAAAUUCGCCGUCAGGCAAGUCUCCUCAAGACACCUGUUUUCACUUUGCUAACGGAACUCACGAAUGGCCACGCCACUAUCACGGCAUAUGGAAAGGCGAGGAUAGUAAUGGCUGAAGCGCUCAAGCGACUCGAUGUCGUCCACUCUUGCGGAAACUUAGAAAACACCACGAACAGGUGGCUGGCCGUCCGCAUCGAGUUCCUCAGCAACGUCGUCGUUACAUCAAUCGCAUUUGCCAGUGUGGUCACGACAUGCGCGCACUUAACGCGAGUUGAAGUCGGUCUCAUCUCCCUCUCGCUCACCAUGGCGAUGCAGACCACCGGCGAGUUGAACUGGCUUGUGCGAAUGGUGGCGGCCAUGGAGGCGGACAUGAACAGCGUGGAGCGCAUGCUGUACUACAUUCACGAAGUGCCGCAGGAGGACAUGCCAGAGCUGGACGUGGAGGUGGACACGCUGAAGAAGCGGACGGGAAUGGCCGCGGACGUGACGGGGACUGUUGUUAUCGAGCCUGCGAGCCCGACGAGCACCGCGCCACACCCUGUGCAGGCCGGGUCGCUGGUGUUCGAGGAUGUGCGGAUGCGGUACCGCGAGGGGCUGCCGCUCGUGCUGCGCGGCGUGAGCUUCCAGAUCGCGCCGCGCGAGAAGGUCGGCGUUGUUGGGCGGACGGGGAGCGGGAAGUCGACGCUGCUGCUGACGUUCAUGCGGAUGGUGGAGGUGUGCGGCGGGGCGAUCCGCGUGAACGGGCGCGACAUCGGCGCGUACGGGCUGCGCGAGCUGCGGCGGCAGUUCUCGAUGAUCCCGCAGGACCCCGUGCUGUUCGACGGGUCUGUGCGGCUGAACGUGGACCCGUUCCUGGAGGCGUCGCCUGCGGAGGUGUGGGCCGCGCUGGAGCUUGUGGGGCUUCGCGAGCGCGUUGCGUCGGAGAGCGAGGGGAUCGACAGCCGCGUGCUGGAGGGCGGGUCGAACUACAGCGUGGGGCAGCGGCAGCUGAUGUGCAUGGCGCGCGCGCUGCUGAAGAGGGGGAGCGGCUUCAUUCUGAUGGACGAGGCGACGGCGAACAUCGACCCGGCGCUUGACCGGCAGAUCCAGGCAACUGUGAUGAGCGCGUUCUCGGCGUACACUGUGAUCACGAUCGCGCACCGGCUGCACACUGUCGCGCAGUACGACAAGAUCAUCGUGAUGGACCACGGUGUUGUUGCGGAGAUGGGCAGCCCACGCGAGCUGGUGAUGAACUCUCAGUCUCUCUUCCACAACAUGGUGGUUGCAGGAGGGCCGUCUGUGCUGCGCCAUUUCUUGUCCCUCGUGUCGCGUCGCGGCAACGAAGUAAUGCUGUGCUCAGAGCGCGGUUAG